CCUCCCAUUCCCCCCUUGCCAUGAAGGAGAAGUUGGUGCUGGUGCUGUGAAAAGCCAUCAUGCCAAGAAACUACACCAGGAAGACAACCCGGGGCCAAACACCCCUCGCAGAGAUGGAGACUGCAGCCGCUGAGGUCAUGCAAGGAAAGAAGUCCUUAAGAAAAGCUGGAAGGGAUAGAAAUAUUGACAAGACAACCCUCAAAAGAUUCAUAAAGAAAAAAGAGCAAGGAGAAGUAAAAUCAGUAGCCUGGGGUGUAGUAGCUGAGGCAAAGAGAAUAUUCACAGAUGAGAUGGAGGAGGAGCUUGCCAAACACUUGAAACAACUAGCUGACCAGUUCCAUGGCCUGCUUGCUCCAGUUCAGUGCCGUGAACUGGCAUUUGAAUAUGCAGAGAAAAACAAUAUCCCUGUCCCUGCCAAUUGGACAGAGAAACAAUGUGCAGGAAUAGAGUGGUUUGGCAACUUCCUAGCACGUCGCCAUCUCUCUGCCCGAACUCCGGAGGCAACAUCCCUGGGAAGAGCUACAGCCUUCAAUGAAUCUACAGUGGAGGAGUUCUUUGAACAUCUGGCUGUAGUGAUGGACAGGUUGUGACAGAAAAGGACAAAAGGAAGUUGGUUCUAUCACAUCGGCUGAGAGAGGAGAACCCAGUCCCAGGCCUGAUCUGAGUCCCAGGCUGUUAUAGCUGGUUCUGAUUAUGGUCCCAUGACUUUGUUCUAAUCUAACUGGUUCUAUCUGUCAUUUGAAUGUUAAUUAAAGCAUUUUGAAUUAUA